AUCUUUAACUCCAAGUUUUAACGGGUGCCUUACAUCGGCAUCUCAACAGUAUCUUGAAUUUUUCUUUAUUUUGUUAAAAAUAAUUUUCUUUAAGAUGAGGACAGUAUUAAUGGUUGCUGAAAAACCCUCUCUAGCUCAGUCCCUGGCUAAAAUUCUUUCAAAUGGUUCUGCAACGAGCCGUAAAGGAUUUAAUGGGGCUUGCUCUGUUCAUGAAUAUACUGGACAAUUUCAUGGCGAAAACGUUCGCUUUAAAUUUACUUCUGUUUGCGGGCACGUUAUGACUUUAGAUUUUUUACCCUCUUAUAAUAAUUGGGACAAGGUUGAUCCGGCUGAAUUGUUUGCUGCUACUACUGAAAAAAAAGAAGCUACAGCAAAACUUAAAAUGCCAGCUUUUCUUGAAAAAGAGGGUAGAGGCUGUGACUUUUUGGUAUUAUGGUUAGAUUGUGAUAAAGAAGGAGAAAAUAUCUGCUUUGAAGUUAUAGACGCCGUAAAAUAUUCCAUGUCAAAACCUAGAGGAAAUGAGCAACAGAUUUUUAGGGCUCGUUUCUCAUCUAUCACUGAUACCGAUGUUAAACGAGCUAUGGCCAACUUAAGUGUGCCGAAUGAAAGCGAAGCUCGAUCAGUCGAUGCAAGAUUAGAGCUGGAUUUGAGAAUUGGAUGCGCAUUUACUAGGUUCCAAACAAAAUUCUUUCAGGGAAAAUAUGGAGAUUUAGACAGCACUCUUAUUUCAUUUGGACCAUGUCAAACCCCAACAUUGGGCUUUUGCGUUGAAAGACAUGAUAGAAUACAAUCAUUCAAACCUGACACUUAUUGGAUUCUAAACGUUGAGUUGCUACUACCUGGAGAUAGGCGACUACAAAUAGACUGGGAAAGAGUUCGACUUUUUGACAGAGAAGUUAUUCAAUUGUUCCAUUCUGAAAUUAAGCAACAUAACAAUGCCAUUGUUGUUAAAAUUGACAAGAAACAAAAAUCAAAGGCCAGACCCGUUGCCUUAAACACAGUGGAAAUGUUAAGAACAGCUAGUUCAGGAUUAGGAUUUGGGCCCCAACAUACUAUGCAAAUUGCUGAACGGCUUUACACACAAGGCUACAUAAGCUACCCACGUACAGAAACAACGCAAUAUCCGGCAAAUUUUGAUCUUAAAGGAACUUUAAGAAUGCAGUGCUCAAAUAGUCAAUGGGGAUCUUACGCUCAAGAACUUUUGAAUAAUGGAAUUAAUAAACCAAAACAAGGACAAGAUGCUGGUGACCAUCCUCCAAUUACCCCAAUGAAACCAGCAUCAGAAGAUGUUCUGGAUAGAGAUUCCUGGAGGCUAUACGACUUUAUUACUAAAUAUUUUAUGGCAACGAUUGAUUAUGACUGCAAAUAUCUACAAACCACUAUACUGUUCAAUAUCGGAGAAGAAGAAUUCAGUGUCACUGGAAAUGAAAUAAUAUCGCCAGGUUUCACCAGUAUCAUGUCAUGGAAAUCAUUGAGUCCGGAUGCAUCACUGCCAAGUCUUAAGACAGGAGAUACCUUACCUAUUAGAGAUGUCAGAAUCAAUGAGCGUCAAACUAGUCCUCCAGAUUAUCUGACAGAGAGCGAAUUGAUUACGUUGAUGGAAAAAUUCGGUAUCGGCACUGAUGCAAGCAUACCUGUUCAUAUUAAUAAUAUUUGCGAAAGGAAUUAUGUGACAAUUGAAUCUGGCAGAAAGUUAAAACCUACUGCAUUGGGUGUUGUUCUCGUCCACGGAUAUCAAAAGAUUGAUAUUGAUCUUGUUAAGCCAAGUAUGAGAGCUGCAAUUGAAGAACAAUUAACUUUAAUUGCGCAAAACAAAGCUGACUUUCAUGAAGUUCUUUCUUGGACUCUUGACGUAUUUGUAAAGAAAUUUCAAUACUUUGUUGAAAAUAUUGCAGACAUGGAUGAACUUUUCGAAGUAACCUUUUCGCCUUUAGCCGCAACUGGCAAACCACUUAGUAGGUGUGGAAAGUGUAAACGCUUUAUGAAACUAAUUACUGCUAAACCUGCUCGACUCCAUUGCUCUACUUGUAAUGAGACGUUCAACGUACCUCAAAACGGAAAUAUUAAAUUGUACAAAGAAUUAAAGUGCCCAUUGGAUGACUUUGAGUUAGUCUUAUGGACAACUGGUGGAAAAGGCAAAACUUAUCCCCUGUGUCCCUACUGCCUUAAUCACCCCCCUUUUCCUGAUAUGAAAAAAGGUAUGGGUUGCAAUGAGUGUACUCAUCCUACUUGUCAACAUGCUCUAGAACAAACUGGAGUCUCAAAUUGUCUAGAGUGUGAUAAUGGGACUCUCGUUCUUGAUCCUACCUCUGCUCCUAAAUGGAGAAUGUGCUGUAAUCGUUGCAAUGUUGUAAUUAAUAUGUUUGAAAAUGCCCAUAAAAUUAAUUUGACUGACGAUUCUUGUGACGAAUGCCAAUCAACAAUAUUAAAGAUCGAAUUCAACAAGAAUAAAACUCCAUUAGAUAACGGUUGUACAACUCACAUUGGCUGUGUCUUUUGCGAUCCAAUUCUUGUUCCCUUGGUUGAGAUAAAACGGGCUGUCGCACUUAGGAGAAGAAAAGGUGGUCAAAAAUCAAGCAGGCCCAGAAGGAAAGGCCCUAAAAAGCCAAAGGACAAAAUGGCGCAAUUGGCUGCCUAUUUUGUUUGA